AUGAGUGAAGAAGAAGAAAUCGUACCGAAAAGUCGACAAGCAAACGCGGCGAUUGCCCCGAGACGAUUUCAACAACUCAAUGCGGGUUUGAGAACUGAGAGAAGAACUUUUGAAGAAAUUCGAGAACAGCAUCUUGAGGAUUUUUAUGAAGACCCCGAGUUUCCUGCUAUUCCCGGAUCGCUCUUUUGCACAAAUUAUAAUCGACCUGCCAAUGCUGACCAGAUUGAGUGGCUAAGACCAAGAGAUAUUUACGUCGUUUUAAAACCGGGACAGAGCUUCAACCAUGGCGAGUACUGCGGUGCUUUUAUUGUUCAAAUCUGGCAGUAUGGAAAGUGGAUGGACGUGAUUGUUGAUGAUCGACUGCCGACGAUCAAUGGCGAGCUGGUGUACUUGAGCUCAGCCUCGAAAAACGAGUUCUGGUCUGCAAUCAUCGAAAAGGCCUACGCCAAAUUGAAUGGCUCCUACGAGGCUUUGAGAGGCGGAUCAAUCACUGAAGCUCUUUGCGACUUCACUGGUGGCAUUUGCGAGACCUAUGAUCUCGGCGAUCACGGUUUCAAGACUUCUUCUGUUCCAGAUGAUCUCUUCAAAAUCACCGCCAAGGCUUUCAAAAAAGGCGCCGUCGGAGGUGCCAGUUUGGAAUUCGAAGGUUCUGGCGUCGAAUCCAGAGCUCAAGGUGGUCUUAUCGCAGGCCAUGCUUAUUCUGUUCAGAACGCUCUUACACUUUCCGACGGAACAAAGCUGAUUUGUCUCCGAAAUCCAUGGGGCCAAGCUGAAUGGAACGGAGCAUAUUCUGACGGCUCGCCACAAUGGGUCAGUGUUGCUGAUGAAGUGUCUCAGCUCACUGGCGGAAGACUUCGGUCAAAGGACGAUGGCGAGUUUUGGAUGGAAUUCGAAGACUUUCUCACGUGGUUUUCAAAGUUGGAAUUGUGUUCGAUUCCAGAAGCAGUUGGAAACGCUGAAGAAGCUCAUGCAAAUUGGGUGACACAGCUCUGCGAAGGCCGAUGGACUCGAAACAUCAGCGCCGGCGGAUGCACAAACUACAUGACGACUAGACCUGGUUUUCCUGAUAAUCCACAGUUUCCAAUGGGACUUGUUGACGUCGACGAAGAUGACGAGACCAAGUGCACGGCCAUUAUCUCGCUUAUUCAGGCCGAUGCUAAUCGACGACGAGACAACAAAGAUCUCCUGACUAUUGGCUUUAUCGUCUACAAACUCGGCGACGAAAAUGUCCAGCGAGAGCCACUAGAUGUUAGAUGGUUCAGAUCUCAUCGAUCGAUCGGGCGAUCAGACUUCUGCAACUCACGAGAGGUCACAAAACGACUUCUCCUUGAUCCAGGAAAUUACGUCAUCGUCCCGUGUACUUUCCAGCCACAAGAAGAAAGUGCAUUUGUCCUCAGAAUCUUUACCGAAAAGAAGCAAGAUUUCCGCAACGAACUCUCAGCCCAAACUUCGAUCGACGAGGACGACAGCGAUCGACCAAUUACUCAAGAAAACGAAGAAGCAUUCUACCGGCACUUCCAAAAUAUUUCUGGAAGAGAUUUGGCCAUUUCCGCAUGGGAGUUGCAAACGGUUCUCAAUCGUGUUGUAGAAAGAUGCUACAGAAUGGAUGAUGCGUUUUCGAUUGAGACUUGUCGAGCUCUGGUCGCUGCGGGAGAUCCCCAAUGCAUCGGAAAGCUAGGUUAUGAGGAUUUCCGACGAGUUUGGCUCGGCGUUCGAAGGUGGCUAGAAAUCUUUAUCAAAUUUGACAAAGACAAAUCCGGGAAAUUCGACGUGUACGAGUUGAGAUCUGCUCUUCGACAUGCGGGCAUGAAUUUAUCUACUAAAGCUCUCAAGGUCGUGGUCCAACGUUACGCGAAUGAAGAAAGAGUCGUAUCAUUAACUGAUUUCGUCCUUGUUGCUGUCAGACUGAAGCAGGCGAUCAUUAGAUACAACCGAAUCCAACCAGAAAUGUCGAUUGAUGACUGGCUACAGCUCAUUAUCUAUUCAUAA